UCAGGAUGACCGUCACAUAUUCCAGUAAAGUAGCGAACGCCACCUUCUUCAGUUUCCACCGGCUGCUGCUGCGUUGGAGGGGAAGCAUCUACAAGCUGCUGUACCGAGAGUUCAUCCUGUUCGUUGUCCUCUACACCGUCCUCAGCGUCGUGUACAGGCUCGUCCUCUCUGAAGAACAGAAGAGAUUGUUCGAGAAACUUUCCAUGUACUGUGAUAAAUACGCUGAGCAGAUCCCCGUCACCUUCGUUCUGGGUUUUUAUGUGACGCUGGUGGUGAAUCGAUGGUGGAAUCAGUUUGUUAACCUGCCCUGGCCGGACCGACUGAUGUUCCUCAUCUCCAGCUGUGUUCAGGGUAAAGAUGAAUAUGGCCGCCUGCUGCGCCGGACGCUAGUACGUUACGUCAACCUGACGUCGCUCCUCAUCUUCCGCUCCGUCAGCACCGCUGUCUGCAAACGCUUCCCGACCAUGGAGCACGUGGUCGAGGCAGGUUUUAUGACUCCAGAGGAGAGGAAGGUGUUUGACAACAUCCCUUCUCCUCAUCUGAAGUACUGGAUUCCUGUCGUCUGGUUCUCCAACUUGGCGUCUAAGGCUCGACAGGAAGGACGCAUCCAAGACAGCAUCGACCUGCAGAACAUUCUCAAUGAGAUGAACGUGUUCAGGACUUGGUGUGCGACCCUUUUCGGCUACGACUGGGUCGGCAUCCCGCUGGUUUAUACACAGGUCGUCACUCUUGCUGUCUACACCUUUUUCUUCGCUUGUCUGAUUGGUCGUCAGUUCCUCGACCCCGCCCAGGGUUACCAUGGCCACGAUCUUGACCUCUACGUCCCCGUUUUCACCCUGCUGCAGUUCUUCUUCUAUUCCGGCUGGCUGAAGGUAGCAGAGCAGCUGAUCAACCCGUUUGGAGAGGAUGACGACGACUUUGAAGCUAACUGGAUCAUCGACAGGAACCUUCAGGUGUCUCUGCUGGCUGUAGAUGAGAUGCAUAUGAACCUGCCUCAUAUGACCAAAGACAUGUACUGGAACGACAGCGAGGCGAGGCCGCCCUACACGCUCGCUGCUGCAGACUACUGCAUCCCUUCGUUCCUGGGCUCCACCACCGACAUGGGACUGUCUGACAUCCUGCAGUUUGAUGAUACUGACUUUGGUGAAAGUCGUCCACGGCAACAGGACUCUGUUUUGACUUGGCGCCAAGAUUCGGUUCUGGGUCGUGUCCGCCGGCUGCUGAGCGUUCAGGAGCCUCCUGACUUCCGACCUCCUCAACCCAUCUUCAAACGACACAGCAGUGACGCAACAGGAAGCUUUUUCCCAGACAUCAGGGUCCAUCCAGGUCCAGAGGACACGCGUCCACCCUCUGCCAUGGACACCCUGUCCACCUUAAGGGAGGUCAGCAGCAACCCUCCAUCCCCAGAAAGCCUGCACUCUGCUGUUUUCCCUCGCCUCGUUGUCAGCCCGCCGUUGUCCAGUGACGUCUGUCACAAAAUGGAUUCUUUUGGCAACAGUGAAGCGGCAAAACCUCAAAAUGGACUGGACCUCUCCCCAACUGAGGAGGCACUGGGUUCCGACACCCCUAGGAGCAGCUCUGCCUGUGUUUCCCCCACCCAGAUGGGACCUAAGGAAUUCCGCUGGACAACGCAAAACUUACAGAAUCGCCCACCGACCCGACCACGGGGGCGCCAGUUUUCCCUCCAGUUCUCAAGGCAGUCGUCAAAGGGGUCGGUCCGCAGCCUGCCGAGCCCCAAGGCUCUGGGAAGGCGGCGACGAGGUCUGGCUCGAUUCCAAUCCCGACGAUCACCUGGUCCGACUACGAACACUCUGCAACUCCCUGACCUUGAGUACAACCACGAGUUCCAGGGAAUGCCAGGGACUGAGGACGACGACAAGGAAGGAACCAGUAACAGCGACGAGAUCAAAAACCCCAACUCCCAAUCACAGAGCUUGGGGGAAACAAAUGAGAACCACUCACACAUAACAUAAUACUGCCCAAACAGAACCAAUCGCUGAGUGGGUGACGACAUUACCCAACAAGAGAAGUCUCAACCUUGACUGAGAGGAAAGUUGACUUCUUGAACCAGGAAACCCUUAGUAAGGUCCAGCCUCUGAAGGGAGCUACUGCUUGUUGCCAGCUUUUUCACUGGAGACAAACCCUAACCCUACAAAGGUACACCAAAGAAAAACAAAAAAUACAAAAGAAACCAAACCGUUCUCUCUCCCAAGUCAUCACAUACAGACGCAUGGUCAAGACCCCUUGCUUGUUUGAACCACACUGGGCAGCCCCUUAGCAUUAUAGUUCAAAGCACUGGGGGAAGCCCUGUAGUGUCAUAUAUGAAUGCUAAAAGCAGGUGUAGCAUAUAAAUAACUGGUUGGACGGGUGUUCAUUUCCCGUGUAAAACAAAAAGUUAACACUGAUUGUUUGUAGUAAAGUUCCGUAAGUUGCGGAUACUAUGGAAGUAAUGUUACUUGACUUAUGUAAGUUAAAUGACGUAAGUAACAGUUAAUUUAACCCAAACCAUGAUGUUUUUCUAAACCUAACCAACCAAAUGCCGUUUGGCAACAUUAACCGCUAGUUUUAUUUAGAAAGUCUAACCGGACGUUGGCCGAGAGGUCUUGACCAUGUGUCCAUGUGCGAUGAACUGAGAGGGAGAGUGUGUUGAAAAAUCGUAAUACUCGUAAUCAAUUUUUAACCCCAUGUUGCCUAUUAAAAAAAUGGGCAACAUGGGCAAAGAUGGGAAGAGAAAGCAACAAUCACCACAGCUGAGCGUGAUAGGCUGAAACAUCUGCCAUACAAGGUAACUGCCUUAACAUUUUCUUAAUGGAAGAAUAACCCAAUUCACAAUUAAAGAAGUGAAAUUAGAAACCAAAAGCUGAACCUGUUAUUUCACCACAGGCAGCAUUUUAUUGGAUGUCAUCUGGUGGCCAUUAGAGGACCUGCAGCUGAACGGUGACUGCUGUUUAAAUAUACUCAGGAUUACUGUCUGGACUUGAAAUGUUUCUAGAAGAAAAUUGUUUUCUUGCACAAAAUCUCCUGUCUUUGUGUGAAAUCGUGAUGUUUGUCAUUGUUUUUGUAAAUGUAACUGAA